UGAAACGGUGCUUGCGGAUGCUGCGGGACGUUCUCGCUCCACGGCGGUGAUGUGUUGCUCCUGGCGGUGCCUCGGCGUUGUUCAAUGCGGUGAAAGAAGGACGGUGUGUGGUGUUUCUGGCGUGAUUUUCGUGCUGGUCUGACAGUGUUCUUGAUUCGGCAUUUUUUCGGAGGAAGCCCGAGAGAGAUGCAUUGGGCGCCGUUCUCUUUCUUCUUGUGUCUCUUGUUUGUGGACACCCGGUGCCAAUCUGUGGCGUGGGAAGGAGAACCGGCGUUGCCCAAUCAGCCCCCGAGUGACCUCCCUCGCCUGUCUGGAGUGGAAGUAGCGUGCGGAAAGAGGCACAUGCGGGUGCAGCUGCACUUUAGUGGACCAUUCAACGGGAUCGUCUUCUCCAAGGGACACCACGGACAGCAGGACUGCGUCUACGUAAGGCCGGGCUCCGGUGCGACCACGCUAAGCUUCGAUGUCUUCUACGAGAAGUGCGGCACUAAGCCCGACCACCAUGGUAAUUUUUACGAAAAUACCAUCGUCGUCCAGUACGGUGUGGAUAUCAUCGAAGCGUGGGACGAAGCGAAGCGUCUUCGAUGCGAAUGGCACGACGCGUACGAGAAGUCAGCCCUCAAGACGCCAUCCAUCCAGCUGGCUGACCUAGAAGUACAGGAGCUGAAUUUUCAGGGUGACAGCGUAGGCUGCUGGUUCGAAAUCCAAGAAGGUAAAGGUCCUUGGGCGAAGCAGGUGUCCAGCAUAGUCCCGCUGGGCAGUCCGCUAACGAUGGUGAUCGCCAUCAACGACCGGGAUAAGCAGUUCGACAUGCGCGUCAAGUCAUGCUCCGCCCAUGACGGCGCCCGAGGUCCUCCCAUUCAGUUGACGGACGAACAUGGCUGCGUCCUUCGACCAAAGAUGCUGACGGCGUUCAUGAAGGUGCGCGACUUCAGCGGACGAGCUUCUGUGGUCGCGUUCUCUCACUUCUACGCCUUCAAGUUUCCGGACUCCAUCGAGGUCCAGAUUCAGUGCAUCGUCGAGAUCUGUCGUCAUGGAUGUCCCGUCGAAUGUCAAAACGCUCAACAACAACAGCAGCAGCAGCUGCAUGCCGCAUCGAGCCAGAAGGUAGAGAAGCAUCACCAGCAUCAUCAUCAGGUGAAGGACAGGCCUCCAUCGAAUGACGUCGAAGGCAUUGACAGCGAAGGCCACCCUCCCAUCAAGAGAUUACCCGGACCACCGAUCUUCGUACCUCCGGUACCUCAUCCCCAUCAUCAUCAAGCCGGUGGACAAGGACAAAGCCUUCAUGCCCCACGGCCCCCGGUCUUCGUUCCUCCAGUGUUCAAGGUCCCACCUCCUCAUGCUCCACCAUCCCACCCAAUCCCGUUCGGAGCACGCUUGCCUCCGACGCACGCGCGUCAGCCGUUGUAUACUGGACCGGUCCAUCCCCAACCACCUGGGCCUCUAACCCACAAUGGUGACGAUAGGGAGGAAGCCCCAGCUGUCCAUGAUACGACCACGUUUCCCACCAGAUUUAUGCCUGAAACUAGGAGACCCACGCCUCCUCCUCCACUGGACGAAAUCCAGCCCGUGUACGUUCCCUCUACUCAGAACAUUGAAGAAACAACGGAAGAUGUCGUGACCCAGUACGAUUACUACGAAACGGACGCUGAAGCAGAAACGAUACCACCUUCGACAACGCAGGAGUCGGCGACAGCAACUCACCAAGGGUUCCACGUCCCGCAUUCAAGCACGGUGGAAGUGAACGGAGAGGCAACGGAACAGGGUGCUGCAGGCAGCGUUCAAAAAUCAGCUACCCACCCCACGCCUGCAGAUGAAAGAUACGAAGUCCCAGUUCCAGAACCAGGUCCGUCGACCCAGUUCAACGCCAUAAGGCCAGGACCUCCUAUGGCGCUGGAUGGCUACAAGCCCGGUAAACCGCACUACCCGUAUCCCAUACCGACGUUUCAGGCUACGAAUCCCGCUGUGAUACAGGAUCGAAUGGAUACCAUAGAUCCUACGGAACCGACAGUGACGAAAGUUCCAAUAAUCGUCAAGGAGGUCAAGAUAAGCGGGAGGUUCCCCAGCGGCCCUCGGUCCCUUAGGUCGAAGAGGGAGGCUCAAGGCCCGUCGGACCAGUUGGGUGUUCGCGGGAUCAUCAAAGUGGUGUCUGGAGUAGAUCUCGCGUUUCUGCCGAACGCAACGCGAGACGGUACUCCGUUGUACAUGGGACACUACGAGCAAGUCAUCUACGGUGUCUGCCUUCCAGCCACCGGCCUCGCGGCGAGCGUAGGCGCAUUCGUGCUGCUGAUUCUCUGCACGACCUGCAUCGCUGCGUAUCUCUUUUACGUGCUUCGAACGUACCAGGAGAAGAACAGACAGUCAUUCAUGCUUGGACGGUUCCUAACAACGCACAAAGGUGUGAGACAUUGAAGAUGCGUGCUCAGCUCAGGGCAGCACGUGUACGGACAUACAUUUACGGAUGUGUUUUCGCGGGCUGUCGCCAGCGAAGGGGCAGAGGGAGGCGUGCAAUGGUGUCUUCGGUCGAAAAGCACUACGCGUACGGGACAUGAACAAUAGCAAGGACAACGUCCCGCGCUUUGUGUAAUAGUGAAACGACCAAAGGAAUUUUCCUGAAGGAAUACCUAACUGCUCACACAACCACUACGGUGGUCCUGACUUGUAUAUUUAUAUUUAUU